AUGGUUCUCGCGAGAUAUCUUCAAGCAGAGGACCUGACAUCCUCCAAGGAAGUGGACGCUGCUUCAACUGUGGUCUUGAUGGACUCGGGGCUAGAGAUAGAGGGAGGCGGGACCAAAGUUACUCGAGAUCAUCACCAGUUAGGUCUCGAUCACCUCCUCGUCGUAGAAGAAACCGACGCAGAAGCAGAAGCAGAAGCAGAAGCCCAAGCUACAGAUUCUCUUUCGCAUCCAUGUCGUCUUCAAGAGAAAACCACAGCUCCUUAUGGCUCCUGGAAGUCCCCCAUCACCGCCGACAUCGCUUCAAAGCGUCUGGGCGGAACCGCCGUCGAUUCCCUCGCCCCUCUCGUCUGGCUCGAGUAUGAAUCCGGGAGAGGGGUUUUGGUAAUGAAAGGAGAAAACACCACCAAAAGAGUAGGCAGUGAGGACUUUAACUCAAGAAGAGUAGAGUGUGGUGGUGGUGGUGCUUUCCUGUCUUUCCUCACAGCUUGUUUUUCCCAAUUACAAAGAUCAAUCAGCCACUUUACAACCAACAUCUUCUUCUUCUUCUUCACAAAGAUUCAUCUCCCAAGCCAAUCACCCCUGACUAUGGUUACUUAUGAGUCUUUGAAUAACGCUACAUUACUGUUAGGGAAGGUGAGCUUCACAGGAAGUAAAAAAAUGGAAUCCUCUUUCUUCAGCCGUGUAAGGUUAGGAAUCAGUGAUGCUGCGCUAUGGAACUUGACGGUGAAGGCUUAUCUGGAUAUGGGUUUUGUAGUCUACACGCUGGGGAAGAUAUGUGCAAGAAUGCCAAGAGGUGUAGAAAAAUUCAUAGCUAUUGCUGCUCUUUCCACUUUGCAGAUUGUUUUCGUGGAGAACAAGAAACUCACUGCCACUCUGCUUGAAGACAUGGACGAAACUCAACUUCCAGACAUCUACGGUGGCAAGACUCAACUCUCCAUCUCCAAAAUAUAA